AUGCGCGCAAGCGCCCCGCUCCGCGCGCAGGCCCAGGGCCAGGCCCGGCUGCCCAAGCCCGAUGCGCCCGCUCGAAAGAUAUUCAACUGUAUCGUGGACGAGUCAGCCUUCCUGGCCGGCGUUAAGAAAAGCACUCGCGAUGGCAUUCGCAAGUGGAUUAGCAACGGCGCCAUGCGCCUCUUCGUCCCUCUCUUCACCCUCGAACAAGUCGACCGCAUGAGGCGGGCUGGCGGCAAACCGGCCACCGACGCCCAGGAGGCCCUCCAGUGGCUCGAUGACGUUACUUCGAUUCCCGAGGUUCAGGCCGCUGGCCUCGUACAACUGCAGGGAGGCGACGAGAUCUUCCCCACCUGGGAGGAGGUAGAGAGGUUCCUCCUGCCCGAGACGCUGCUUUCCAUGACCGAGUCGGCGGACGAGGCUGAUGACCUCGCCGACGAACUCAACAACUCGCUGGCUUCCCUGGGUAGCAACGGCGACAAGGUGUCGGAGAGCUCUCACGAGGGCGACUCAGAGUCUCCGCGCUCCGCAUACUCUGCCACCAGCCCCGGCCUUCUAAACGCUACACCAUACAAGAUCGAGACGGCCGUGAACAAGAAUGGCAAGUCGAGGUCCCGAAACAAUUCGCACGCGCACAAGGCCGAGCAGAAGAACAAGUCUGUUGUUCCUGUGCCGCUCCAGCCGUUCUUCAACCAUGUCAUUUGGCGCAUCCACCACGAGCAAAACCCCGACAUCUCGCCCGAGUCCUUCAUCCUGCUCACCAACGACCCGAGGAAGCAGACCAUUGCCCAGCGCUUCAGCGUCCGUGCCAAGCGCCUGGAGCAGAUGCGUGACAUCAUCGGCCGCGAAGAGCGCGACUUCAGAAACAGGCAGGCUUGGAUGAAGAAAGAGGAGCAGGAAAACGGCAAUGUGGCGAAUGAGCAGAAAUCAGAGGAUGAGGACGAAGUCGUUUUCAAGCGCACGCCUGCGCCAAAGCCUAAGGCCGGACAGCAGCAGGUCUUCGAUCCCAACGAUUUCGGUCGGUCCCAGCCCGCCGCCCCCUCUCCCCGCGGACGUGGAGGCAGAGGCGGCCACCGCGCGCGCGGAAACUUUGCGCCCUCGUCUACGCCUGUUCCGCGUGCCCCUCCUACGGCCCCCAGGAACGCCGAGCCUGCUGGGCCAAUCGAUCCCGACUCGUACGCGCGCCCGCCGCCGGCGUCGCGCUCGACUCGCGGCGGCAAACGCAAGCUUUGGGAACCAGCGUAA